AUGCCGAGUUUGCUCCGGAAAUUUUGGGAAUCUCGUGAACAUAAAGGGUUGCCGGUAGCCGUUGACGAUAUUGUUGGUGGUAUUGGGACGAAUGUCAUCAGUUUGCUGCCAUGUGUGGUCAUUGGUGCUGAAAGACUCGAUCGCCGGUCUAUCUAUGAUUUCAGGAAUUUUUUCCGGGCGCGUAUUCAGAUUGACUUUAGACAUUAUAAGAAAUACUGUGUUGAUUCCGGCGUUUCAAUGCGCAGUAACCAGUGUAGGCUGGGCAAUGUUGCAGCUUUGUGA